CGGGAAGCAGAAAGUGGUAGAACCUGCCGAGCCGGCCGCAGUAGUAGCGAGACAGAGGAGCUGAGCAUGCGUACUCGUAACCUGUGCAUCUCGGAAAAAAGGAAACGGGGACCUGAUGUGGCAUGCGAAGGCAGUCCCCCGAUGGAGCUCCCUGCCAAGCGCACUCCGAGACGUGCAGCGCGACCUGGGGGAUUUGCUGGCAGACUGACGAGAGCUAAAUCAUGGACACAGAAGACGCCCACACCGAAAAAGACGCCGCCAUCUAUCCGGAAGAAAACUCCGGCUGCGAUCGGCUUAGUCGGACGUCUGAGAUUCGAGAAGCGAGUGAUGAAGGACCUAAAGAACUUGGAUGCAUUGGUCCUACAGAACAUCUGUAAGGACGAAGGGAUACCGUACAACGGUAAGUUCGAAGCCAUUUUUGAUAUCGCCGCUCAGCGCACCCAUGUUGCGUAUGGCAGUGAUGAUGAAGAGGAGGCGGUAGUCGUGCCCGGAACGGGUACUGACAUGGUGGCUGAGGUGGAGGGUAAUGUCAAGGAGUGAUGUGCCCUCAGUAUUGCUGACUUGUGGAGUAUUGUACGGUGCCUUACUCGUUUACAUACUUUGAU